AUGACUUCUGCGACGGGUCGAAUUAUAGAGCGGGAAGCCUAUAAGCCGACAACGUGUAAAGAAGCCAUUGAACGAUGGAAAGAAAAAAAUAACAAAGCUCCAAAGGACGCCAAAGAAGUGUUACUGUGUUUUCAGUGGCCUCCCAUUGUGAAAAUGGAUAAUAGUUUAUCUGUUUUAGAGAAAGUCGAAAAAUUAUCGUUAUCGACGAAUCAAAUCGAUCGCAUAACCGGAAUCAAUUCCUUGAAAAAUUUAAAGAUUCUCUCUCUGGGAAGAAAUAACAUUAAAACGUUUUCUGGCUUGGAAGCCAUCGGUGAACAUUUGCAAGAAUUGUGGAUAUCUUACAAUCAGAUCGAAAAAAUUCGAGGCAUCUCCGGUUUGAAGGCACUCAGAGUACUUUACAUGGCGCAUAAUUUGGUGAAGGAUUGGGUUGAAUUCAAUAAGCUUGCAGAUUUACCAAAGCUCGAAGAGUUUUUGUUCAGAGGAAAUCCUCUCAUUGAAAACCUCGAAGAAGAAGUUUGGCGUGAAAAAUGCAUCAAAGUAUUACCUAAUUUAAAAAUUCUGGAUGCCGUUCCUGUUGUAACGAAAAUAGAGGAAGAAGAAGACGAGGAAGAACUGAUGAAGAAAUUCAUGCAGGAAUAA